AUGCCAUUGCAUCGUUUACAUGCUGAACAGAAGAAAUUCGAUCGAACAUUUUUAUCUUCGUUAAAUUUCGAUGAAUCUGGUAUUGAAAUCAAUCGUUUAACGUUAGUAUUUCAUAAACUGUGCGAUAAUAAUAGUAAUCAAUUGUCGCGCGAGCAUUUUCGUGACUUUUUAUCUACGAUAUUUGACCUUAACGAUGAAACGAUCGUCGAACGUUUGUUUAUCUUAAUUGGUCAAGGCGAAAAAACACUUUCAUUAAAACAAUUCUUAUCUGCUAUGAAUUUGCUAUUAUAUGCAUCGAUCGACGAACAAAUUAAAUUGAUUUUUCGUGUGUAUGAUGUCAGCGCGGAUGGAAAUUUACAACGAGAGGAGUUAUUUACAUUCUUACGUAAAGAUCUGCCAAUUAUGAAUGAAAAGGAAGACGCAGAUUUGAUUCUGCACGAAUUUAUCACACUAAUAUUUAAAAAAUUCGAUAAAGAUCACGAUGGUGUGAUCAGUUUCGAUGAUUAUCAUCGAACAUGUCAAGAAAACCCGACACUGAUGCAGUGCUUCGGUCAAGUUUUACCACGAAUUUUUCGAAAACAUGUUGUCAAGUCUAUGCUUAAUGGUAAUCUAUCGAUAAUAUCAAAACGCGAGAAACAUUUCAAAUAG